AUGAUUUUUCAUAUCCGGUACUGGACACUAGCCAGUGUCCUGGCUACUGUUGUCACGGCCUUACGAUACGAUAGCUCCCAGUCCGACUACAACCUCAACCAGAACAGUACAGCGACAGACCCUUUACACUACUGGGGAGAAUGGGAAGAACACAACUACACCACUUCACCAAGCAACUGGCGGUUUCCUUUCUACACAGUAUCGUUAGAUCGAUAUGCUAAUGGGGACCCUACCAACGACGAGGCGAAUGGCACUGCCUUCGAGCAUGACUGGAUGAGCACUCAGUUCCGCUUCGGAGGUGAUGUUCGCGGCAUGAUCAACGAUCUUGACUACAUCAGUGGUAUGGGCAUCAAGGCCAUCUAUCUGAUGGGAACGCCCUUCAUCAACCAGCCUUGGAUCCCUGAUGGAUACAGUCCCCUUGACUUCACACUUCUAGAUCACCACCAUGGCGUCAUUGAUGAAUGGCGAGAGCUUAUCAAUGCUAUACAUGAACGAGGCAUGUACGUCUUGUUUGAUAACACCAUGUCCACGAUGGGCGACCUUCUGGGGUUCAAAGGGCACUUGAACGAAACAACGCCUUUCAAUUGGGAUGAAUACGACUACGUAUGGAAGACAGACAGAAGAUAUCUCGACUUCCAGCCCGGCAACGCCGUCAAUGAGUCUUGUGUUUAUCCUAGGUUCUGGGAUGAUUAUGGGUACCCUUUGACUAGCGUGUACGCCAAUGAGACUAGAUGUCGUGAUAGCGAGUUUUCCAUGUAUGUGUACGAAACGCAGCUAUCAAAGUAUGGAUCAGUCCAAGAUCGUCUCCGGGAAUGGCGGAGCGACGUUCUCGCAAAGAUCAAGCACUUCUCCUGCAUGCAGAUUGCCAUGUUUGAUCUUGACGGCUUCAGAAUGGACAAGGCGCUCCAAACCAGCGUCGAUGCCAUGGCAGAGUUCUCCGAGUAUCAGCGUCAAUGCGCCAGAAGAUAUGGCAAAGAUAAUUUCUUGAUGAUUGGCGAAGUCGUUGGGACAGAUGCGCAGGCUGCCAUCUACUUCGGACGCGGCAAGCAACCCAACCAUUACUUGACGAACUUCACCGAGGCCGUUAUCACAUCAAACUCCACAGAUGCGAGUGAAUACGUCCGCGACUUUGGGUUGACGGCGCUUGACGGAGCUGCCUUCCAGUACAGCAUCUACGGAGCCCUCACACGCUUCCUUGGCCUUUCAGGAGAAAUUGGCGACCAGGGAGUUGAUUUCACGACGUUCUGGGCCAAUAUAACCAAGCAAAACGACCUCGUCAAUGCCAACACCGGAGAAUUCGAUCCUCGACACCUCUUCGGCACGACAACGCAGGAUGUCUUCCGGUGGCCCUCACUUCAGGAUGGAAUCCAACGUCAAAUACUAGGCCAGUUCAUCACGGUCCUUGAGAUGCCGGGAGCGCCUGCUCUAUAUUGGGGCGAGGAGCAGAGCUUCUACAUUGUUGACAGCACUGCCGAAAACUAUGUUUACGGACGACAACCCAUGAGCGCCAGCCGUGCCUGGCAAAUUCACGGGUGUUAUGCACUAGAAGACAGCAGUUACGUGGUUUUCCCCCUCGAGUCUGCACUCGAAGGGUGUCACGAUGACAAUGUCAGCUUAGACCAUAAGGAUCCAUCCCAUCCUGUGCGGAAUAUCAUCAAGAGAAUGUACGAGUUGCGACAACAGUACCCUACGCUGAAUGAUGGUUACCACCUGGAAGCCUUGUCCAGCCAGACCAAUGACUUAUACCUCGAGGGCAGCAAUGGUACGCCUUCGCCUACUGGAAUCUGGAGCGUCUACAGAUCAAUGUUGUCCGGUGUUCAGGAAAGCACCGGUUCUGGUGUCUGGCUUGUCUUUAGCAAUGAGAAUGCAACCCGAGAGUUUACAUUUGACUGCGAUGACGAAAGCCUGGCUCUUAUCUCACCAUUCGCCUCCAACACUGUGGUCAAGAACUUAUUCUACCCAUACGAGGAAUAUACCUUGGGUAAUUCGACAGUGGCCUACACGCGGGAUGGUGCGACGGGGAUGACGGGUUGCUUGUCCAACCUUACAAUGCCUGCAUGGGGUUAUAAAGCCCUUGUUCCCAAGGGAAAUUUCACCGAUCCAGCACCGACCAUCACCGGCCUUGUUCCAUCUCAUGACAGCCGGAUUUUGGCAAGUGUGGAGCUGGGGCAACAGCAGUCGGUUCCGAUCGAGAUACAUUUUUCUGUGCCAAUGGACUGCAACUCCGUAGCGGACAGUCUCGUCUUCACAUCUACCACGCAGGACGGCAUCACCCCCAGUCUGGUCAACUCGAGCGUGUCUUGCAGCACUGUCGACGGGAACACGCCAGAAUUUGUUGGUCAGCCAGCCACUUCCUGGGUCUUCUCGGCCUCUCUAGCAAAUGUGUCUCAUGGUAUUCAUGCCGUAACUACGAGAAAUGCGUCAUCGGAAAAUGGUACUUUUACAAACGCGAAUGAUCGCUUCAUGUUCCGCCUUGGUGCCGCAGACAAUCCUAUGGUCUUUCCAGGCUCCGCGAACUACACUCGCACUCUUUUACACCAAGACUCGUCCACAGGGGAAUUAUACAUCUCGCCCAAGGCUGCCGGUGCCGACAAGCUGCGGUAUUCGAGGACCUGGGGCUCCAGCUGGAGUUCUUGGAUGGAGUCUGAUGGGCAGAAUAUUACGUUGGAACAUCAAGCCUGGUCUGGUACAGAAUCUCAGCAGUGGGCAGGAGAGCAUGUUAUUGUUCAGUACUGGGGUCGGCUGUCUGCGAGCAGCGACCAGUUGCAGCACGCUGAUCUGAAUCCUAGCCAGUUAGUCCGGCGCUGGCCUCAUGCGUUCGUGUUGGGCGCAUGGAACACCUGGGGCUAUGAUGAUGGUCUAUCCAGUGCCAUGUCACUGCAAGGGAAUGGUACUUGGAUGUUUGACCUGGCUGCCGAGUGGCCAACCCAGACAACCAUUAACGUAUGGGGUAUGGAUACCGACGGAAGCCCGGAUAAGACCAUGCAAUACGGCGAUGUUGAUGGUGAUGGUGUACUGGACUGGCUGCACCCAGAUACACUCUCGAAAAAUGUCAUCAACGUGACAACGGGGCCAGGAAUGCCAUACAUGGCCUGGCGAGUCGUCGUUGAUGACGGCAAUUACGCCUUUUCAUUUGAGCCGACUGGGUCCGGCAACCACCAGCUGGUUUUGUUCAUACUUAUGGCCUUCAUCCCUCCCCUGACUGGAUUCUGGGCAAUCUGGGUGUUCAAGCGAUCCUACUACCACAUCAAAUUUAAUGAGGUGGGCAUCGCACCUGAAACCGGGAUGCUCAAGCUACUACCGGCCAGUGUUGCUACUUUCCUCAGAGGCAGCCCAUCAUCAGCCGCUGAAGUCUCCGAGGAUCGCCGGACGGUGUUGAUUGCCACGAUGGAGUACGAAAUCGAGGACUGGGCCAUCAAGAUCAAAAUUGGCGGACUAGGCGUCAUGGCUUCUCUCAUGGGCAAGGCACUCGGUCAUCAAAACCUCAUCUGGGUAGUUCCAUGCGUUGGUGGUGUCGAGUAUCCAGUCGAUACAGUGGCAGAGCCUAUGUCGAUCACGAUCAAUGGCGCCCAGUACGACGUGGACGUCCAGUACCACUAUCUUCGGAACAUUACCUUCGUCCUUCUGGAUGCCCCUAUUUUCCGCCAGCAGACGAAUGCUGAGCCGUACCCUGCACGCAUGGACGAUCUAGACAGUGCCGUUUACUACUCUGCCUGGAACGCUUGCAUCGCCGAGGCUCUGAAGCGCUUUCCCGUUGACCUGUAUCACAUCAACGACUACCAUGGCGCGAUCGCUCCUUUGUAUCUGCUGCCGCGAACUAUUCCUGUUUCCUUGUCCCUCCACAACGCAGAAUUCCAAGGCCUGUGGCCCAUCAGGAACGCAACAGAGAUGCACGAGAUCACCCAAGUCUUCAACCUACCCAAGGACAUUGUGAAGAGGUACGUGCAAUUUGGCGAAGUGUUCAACCUGCUCCACGCCGGUGCAAGCUACCUCCGCGUCCACCAGAGAGGCUUUGGUGCAGUGGGAGUGUCUAAGAAGUACGGCACGAGAGCAUUGAAACGAUACCCUAUCUUUUGGGGCCUAUCGAACAUUGGCGCGUUGCCGAAUCCUGAUCCCGCUGACACGGCUGAGCUGAGCGAGGAACUCCUCAAUCCGCACAAAGUAGUCAUCGACCCGGCGGCGGAGGAAGCAAGGAAGAAAGAAAGGAAGAAAUUCCGCAAGCAAGCGCAGCAGUGGGCUGGCCUGCACGUGAAUGACGAAGUAAGUGCUGAUUGGAGCCAGUGCUGGGUGAUAUAUCCUAACAGUGCCCAGGCUCAACUAUUCGUUUUCGUCGGCCGAUGGUCCGAACAGAAGGGUGUAGACCUGAUUGCUGAUGUCUUCCCUGCCAUUUUAGACAAGCACAAAGACGUACAGCUGAUCUGUGUCGGCCCUGUCAUUGAUCUCUAUGGAAAGUUCGCAGCGCUUAAGCUCCAGAAGAUCAUGGAGCGAUACCAAGGCCGCGUCUGCUCCAAGCCGGUGUUCACAGCACUUCCGCCAUCCCUCUUCAGUGGGGCAGAUUUUGCCCUGAUCCCAUCUCGCGACGAGCCUUUUGGGCUGGUUGCUGUAGAGUUUGGCCGGAAAGGCGCGCUGGGUGUCGGGUCCCGAGUCGGCGGCCUCGGGCAGAUGCCCGGAUGGUGGUAUACCAUCGAAUCGACCGAAACGAAACAUCUCCUUCGACAGUUCAAGUCAGCAAUAUCGACCGCUCUAGCUUCGUCCAAUGAAACAAGAGAUUCGAUGAGAGCUCACUCCUCUCUUCAGCGCUUCCCUGUGGCCCAGUGGAUCAAAGAUCUGGAGAUCCUACAAACCACAUCCAUUGAAAUGCACACCAAGGUUCUCAAUGGAGCACACUCUUCAUUGUCGCUCCCACUCUCGCCACCCGGUACGGGGUACUCGACACCCACUCUGUCCAUGUACGGAAGAAACUUCAGCUCAAAUCCUACGACUGCUCCAGGGACGGCACCUUCGACUGUUCCUUCAAGUACGGUGGGCAGUCGAGCACCAAGCCCAACGCGAAGCAGGGUUACGUCGUCUUCAUCACUUGACUCAGGAGUUUCAACUCCAACCCAUUCCCGGCUCAAGGGGAUGCAAAGUAUCUCGAAGAUGCUUGGACCUAGACUCAAAGCUCUGGCUGAACUUACCGAGAAGAACACGGACGAGGAUGCGGCGGAGCCACCACACCAAGAUGUGAACAGGCCAUCCAACUCCUCGGCUCCCCCUGCAGAUGAUUCCAAUACUUCCUCGACUUUGUCGGGGAGUUCGGCGGAAGGCCAGCCAGCACAUCCGUUGGUUGAAACGCUCAGGAGCCAAAACCAUUCGGUGCUCACUCUGGACACGAUCAUUGGCGGCCGGAAAGACUUCAAGCUUCAGAACGUCGACCCCUUUUUUACCGAUCCAACCACGGAAUAUUACGCGGCAUUCGAGUCUCGGCUAAAGGACCACAAGGGUAGUUUGUCAGAUGACAAACUGUGCGUCGAGGAAUACCUUCGCCACAGCGAGAAAGAAUGGUUCGCACGUUUCUACGACGCGAAGCUCGGAAAAGCAGAAGCCAAGACCUCAACCUCCACUGGGAGUCUCGACCAGUUCAAUCUCAGCCCUGACCAUGUACAUCCAAAGGGUGUGAAACGCCUGCUGCAGGCCAAGGUGGGGGACUGGCCUGUGUACGCCUUCCUUGUGGCCUUUGGUCAGAUUAUCGCCGCGAACUCGUACCAGAUCACGCUCUUGACAGGCCAGAACGGUGAGAGUGCCGAGCGCCUGUACGUGAUUUCGUCCGUGUUCCUCGGCGCCUCCAUCGCCUGGUGGGUUCUCUUCCGAACCGCGCGGUCUGUCUUCGCGCUCUCCCUGCCUUUCGUCUUCUACGGGCUGGCCUUCUUCCUCCUGGGGAUGACGCCCUACACGACCAUCUCGAACGGGACGACCUGGAUCCAGAACGUGGCUUCCGGUCUCUACGCCGUGGGUUCGGCCAGCGGCUUCGUGUUCUUCACCCAGAACUUUGGCAGUGAGGGCGGCACGCCAGUGCGGACUUGGGUGUUCCGAGCCUGUGCUAUCCAGGGCACCCAGCAGAUCUACAUUGCGGCCCUGUGGUACUGGGGCUCUUACGUCUCGUCGCAGACCAACAGCGGCGUGACGACGAGCAGCAUGCUCACGUCCACUCCGAUCGUCACGGCCAUCGGUGUCCCCAUUGCCGUGCUGAUGUGGGUGGUCGGCGCACUUCUCUUUGUUGGAUUACCAGACUACUACCGGACUAAACCCGGCGAGGUUCCUGCAUUCUACCAAUCGCUCCUCCGGCGCAAGGUUGUCGUUUGGUUCUUCGUCGUGGUCGUCAUUCAAAAUUACUGGCUGUCGGCGCCUUACGGGCGCAGCUGGACGUAUCUGUGGUCCUCGAGCAUCGCACCAGCAUGGGCAGUGGCGGUCCUCACCGUCUUCUUCUUCGUGGUGGUGUGGGCAGCGGUAUUGGCCGUGUUCGCGAAAAUCUCUCGCGAGCAUUCGUGGGCUUUGCCCUUGUUCGCCAUCGGCCUGGGGGCGCCCCGUUGGUGUCAGAUGCUUUGGGGCACUUCGGGGAUGGGACUCUACCUCCCCUGGGGCCCCGGCUCGACUGACCUUGCGGGAGCACUCCUGGGGCGCUGCCUGUGGCUCUGGCUUGGAGUCUUGGACACGAUGCAGGGCGUUGGUUUCGGCAUGAUGCUCCUCCAGACUUUGACAAGACUACACAUGACUGGCGCUAUUGUGGCAGCACAAGUUCUGGGAUCGCUCUUCACCAUCGCAGCGCGAGCAUCGGCGCCCAACAAGACUGGGCCAGGACCAGUCUUUCCAAAUCUCCCCAUGAACUUGUGGGACGGGGUGUAUAAUGUCUGGCUCUGGGUGCCGUUGGCCAUGCAGUUGGCUAUUUGCGUUGGGUUUUUCGUGUUCUUCCGGAAGGAACAGCUGUUCAAGCCCUGA